UUCACUUCCUGUUGCGUUUUGUCGGUGAACAGACAGUUGCGUUGUCUGCAAUGAAACUUUUUGCUGUCAGUUUGAUGUUUAUCGCGAGUUUCUGUAUUUUUAUUGGGUUUAUAGAAAAUAUAGUAAAUACAGAACAUGUGGAUAAUACCCCAAAUCCAAGAGAAAUCAACCACAUUCAUUUUAAUGAAGAUGACUUAAAUCUCUGGUGGUUUGUGCAGCUAACAGAUAUCCAUGUUAGUAAGUUCAAAGAUCCUAAAAGACCUGAAGAUUUAAUUAAAUUUUGUCGUCAUCAUCUUCCUAGAAUAGCACCGGAGCUAAUUAUUGUAACAGGAGAUCUUACAGAUGCCAAAUAUAGAAAUGAAAGAGGUUCAGCACAGUUUAUAGAAGAAUGGAAAGGUUAUGGGGAAGUUGUUACUCUAUGUCAAAAGUACAAUAAUGAUGUUAAGUGGCUUGAUUUAAGGGGCAAUCAUGAUGCUUUCAAUGUACCAGAUAUGGAUGAUAGGAAAAAUCUUUUCAGAACAUACUCUGAACAAGGUGGAGUAAAUCCAACAUCCUAUUUAUACACACAUAAGACAAAAUUUGGAGAUUACAGUUUUAUUGCCAUGGAUGCUACACCAGACCCUGGACCAAGGAGACCUUUUAACUUCUGUGGAUCACUCAGAGAGAAAGAGAUUAAAUUGUUAAAGAAGCUCUCCAAAGAUAGCAAGAAUAGUAAUAUGACUUUCUGGUUUGGACAUUACCCCACCUCAUUUAUCGUUACUGCAGAUAAUUCUGAUGUUCGCCAACUGAUGAGGAAUGCUAGUGUUUACUUUUGUGGACAUCUUCACACGUGGGCAGGAUUAAUUCCGGACAUGUACACCCGACACAGAACAGGAAUGUAUGAACUGGAGCUGGCAGACUGGAAAGACAACAGAGUGUACAGGGUCGUGGCCAUAGACAACAAUGUGAUGGCUUUCUCAGAUCAAGUUUUCCAUGAAGAACCGGUUGUUAUCUUUACUAACCCACAACAUGCCAAAUUUCCAUCUCCACAUAAAGUUACUUCUUCUCAUAUAAGACUGUUGGUGUUUUCACCAUCGGAAGACUUGAGUGUUACUGUUUACAUUGACAACCAGAAAAUAGGCAUUGCCAAAAAAGUCAGAGGACCACUAUAUGUACUACCAUGGAAACCAGAGCUUUUUAAGAAUGGUCAACACCACAUCAAAGCAGUGGUGAAGGAAAAGGACUUUGUGAUCCAAGAGAAGACCCAGCCAUUUUCUCUAGAUGGCACCAUUGAACCAUUUCCUCUGAGAGCUCGGCUCAUUCUCAUGUUGAAUUUUCCUCUUCUUGGGAAAUGUCUGUUCUAUUUCCUGGUUAUUGUGUAUUGUGUUGUUCUUUGCCUAUUGAGAAGAUGUACAGAUAUCAGAUCCAUACAGCUUGAAGGAAGAAUGAUGCCUGCAAGAUUUAUAAGAAAUUUUAUAAAUCUUUGGAUAUUUAGAAUCUGGCUGGUUUCAAAGACAACAAGAAUUUUUCUGAUUUUAAUAAGCUUUACAAUUUACUUGGCAGUAGGUCCUUGGUUUGUUGCAGAAGUAGUGGAUGGACACACUGGUAUACUCUUUGUAUGGGGGCUCUAUGUUAAAGGAGCCAUAUUACCAGACUUUCUUACAUAUUUGUAUGGAAUAUUUCAGAUGGUGACUUUUAACAUUCCAUUGCUGUUCCAUGUUGGCUAUGUCCUAGGUUACCCACAAUCCUUCAGUGAGGCCAGCAGGCUCCGUUUUUCCCACAGACUACGACAUCUGUAUAUACCUAUGAUUGCUCUGAUAUUAUUUCAGUCCUAUAUGACUUUGGUCGAGUUUCCUUAUGCUUAUGGAACCAAAGCAAUGAUUCUUGGGCCUGUUCGAACAGGAUCUAUAUUUGUAGGACUUUACUGUUACUAUUUAGCAAGAUCACAUCAUUCUAAAAGUGCUCUUCACUCAAGUUGAUAAAUGUUAGACUUAAGCAUGACUUAAGCCAAUCUAAUUAAAAUCAGAUACUUUGAUCUGCUCACGUAGAUCCUCAGUGUAGCAAUUUACAUAAGCAGAUUGAAGGAUAUGAUUUCAAUUAGAUUGAACCUUAGUAAGGGCUAAUUUAAUUUUAUAUAUUGACUUUUUUCACCCUGUCUCAUGGAUUUUUUUCGCUUA